AUGGAUAAUGCCGAAUACCUGCCCCCGGGCGUCAUCCUCCACCGUCUCUCGUCCCCCUCCCACUUCUCCUGGUAUAUAUGUCGCUCUCUGGAUGUUUUUGCCUCACUCCCAUCCCAUAAGUGGAUGUCGUCAACACUCAGCACUGGUCCACCGUCGCCUCCCCUCCGCACCCCGUCCAGCUGCAAGGACUUUUCAAGCAUGGCACACCGCCUGUCGCGAAUCAAAGCGCCCAUUGUGGACGUACCCCAUGUGCUCAUUCGUCGUCGGCACCACCAUGAAUCUCAUCCACAUGCGCAUAUGACGCCUGCCGACUCCCUCCUUCAGCAUUGUUACGAAUCCACCGCGCACUCUCUUCUAUAUGCACCCCGUCCGCAGUGUACUUUUAUCGAUCUUCACAAGCGUUGGCCUCGUCCUCUCCCACAAGCCUCGCCCACCACUCCGCAGGCUCGCCCCUCACGGAUGCUGCGGCGCACUGUACCAACGGAUUCCGUCGUUCCGCUCUCUCCUACGACUUUCCCCAGCGGACUCAUCACACUCCCAACCUCUCGAUUGUCUUUACCACCAAGCUCUCCGCAUGUCAAUCCGCUGUCGCCAACCCCUGAAGACAUGGACCUGCUGUCAACCAUCACUAGCCCCUCCGUGGCCUCUCUUCCGCGAACCCAUCGUCUUGUAAGAACUUCUUCUCAAGCGUACUCUGCCGGGUGUCGCCACAGAGAUGAGCCCAUGAUACCAGCCUAUCUUCCUCCCUUCAAUAACGGUUAUGAUAUCCACACGACGCUCUCUUCUCCAUGGCCAUCGUCAGCAGCAUUCAACCACCAACCUUCACACCUCUCCCUCCGCCCUCCAACUUUCCCUGUCCCUAUCUCGUUUGUUCCUACACCCCGGCCGCUUCGCAUCCUCGCCGCUUCGGACGUGCCGCUGCAGCGCCCUCUGCAGACGGUUCAUUUCCCAGCCUCUUACCUUUACCCCCAAGCCAAACCUUCUGGAUGCCGUCCCUUCCCACCGCAUACCCAGCCACUCAGGUCGAUCCUCCAUCCAGCAUGGAAGUCGCCAUCCCCCAUUCCGUGA